GAACGGCUGCAUAUAGAUGAGUCAGUAGCCAGUCUAAGCUGACCCACAGAUAUAAAAUCAAGGCACUGAGUACCUUCGGCUGGGGCACUUAAACUCUCAAAGGUGCAAGAAACUUGUUCACAUCAACCACCUGGCUGCUUUCUUUGGGACCAAGAAAAUGAACGUUUGUCUCCACAUUCACCCCAGCCAUCCAUGAGGAAGCACCAUGAAGUGCACCUGUGAGAUGGGUCACAGCAGCCCAGAGUGAGGCAGUACAGACAAUGGUAUUCCUGUGUCUGCCCUUUUAUUCCUUCUCUUCCUUCAAGAGUGGCAGGACUUUAUAAGAUCAGGGCACUGACAGAAAGGAUGUUCAAACAUCUUCGGAAAUGGUUUGUCACUCAUAUUUUUGGGCGUUCUCGGCAACGAGCAAGGCUGGUCUCCAAAGAUGGAAGGUGUAACAUUGAGUUUGGCAAUGUGGAUGCACAGUCGAGGUUUAUAUUCUUUGUGGACAUCUGGACAACUGUACUUGACCUCAAAUGGAGGUACAAAAUGACUGUAUUCAUCACAGCCUUCUUGGGGAGUUGGUUUCUCUUCGGUCUUCUGUGGUAUGUCGUAGCAUAUGUUCAUAAGGACCUCCCAGAGUUCUACCCACCUGACAAUCGUACUCCUUGUGUGGAGAACAUUAAUGGGAUGACUUCGGCUUUUCUGUUUUCUCUGGAGACUCAAGUGACCAUAGGUUAUGGAUUCAGAUUUGUGACAGAACAGUGUGCCACUGCCAUUUUCCUACUUAUCUUCCAGUCUAUUCUUGGAGUGAUUAUCAAUUCUUUCAUGUGCGGUGCCAUUUUAGCCAAGAUCUCUAGGCCCAAAAAGCGUGCUAAGACCAUUACAUUCAGCAAGAAUGCGGUAAUCAGCAAGCGUGGUGGGAAGCUCUGCCUUCUCAUCCGAGUGGCGAAUCUUAGGAAGAGCCUUCUGAUCGGCAGCCACAUAUAUGGCAAGCUUCUGAAGACUACCAUCACUCCUGAAGGAGAGACCAUUAUUUUGGAUCAGACCAAUAUCAACUUCGUAGUUGAUGCUGGCAAUGAAAAUUUGUUCUUCAUCUCCCCACUGACAAUCUACCACGUCAUUGACCACAACAGCCCUUUCUUCCACAUGGCGGCAGAAACACUGUCCCAGCAGGACUUUGAACUAGUCGUCUUUUUAGACGGUACAGUGGAAUCCACCAGUGCAACCUGCCAAGUCCGCACAUCAUAUGUCCCAGAGGAGGUGCUUUGGGGCUACCGUUUUGUUCCAAUAGUAUCCAAGACCAAGGAAGGGAGAUACCGAGUGGAUUUCCAUAACUUUAGUAAGACGGUGGAAGUGGAGACACCUCACUGUGCCAUGUGCCUGUAUAAUGAGAAAGACGCCAGGGCCAGGAUGAAGAGAGGCUAUGACAACCCUAACUUUGUCUUGUCAGAAGUUGAUGAAACAGAUGACACCCAAAUGUAGCAGUGGCUUUUCUAUCUGCAAAAAGCUUCCCAUAAACCUAAUGGUUAGCUGAAGCAACCAAGAGUUGGGGGUGUUGAAAGCAGGAUGAGAACCUGCAAAGUCUACCAGCACAGUCAUCCCUGAACCCCAUAGCUAUGACUCUACAAGACUCAUAGUUCUGUAAGGCUACAGCAGUAAGCAUUUGAUGGAUUCAAAUGAAUAAAACUGGGAUGUGGAAGCCAUAGGAGUCCACUUGGAAUCUUCACCAUGACUGUGUAAGCUCAAAUGGUGUUGAUGGAAACAAAGUCAUCCAAGGUCACGUGGACAGACAAUGGAGAUGCUUGUAGGUAACUCCUGGAAGAAGCUACAAGCUUUGGAUAACUUCGGGAACUAGCCGUAUUUUUCCAUUUGAUUCUGUGGAUGAGAAAGAGGCCACUUUAUCUUAGAGUUUUAUCAAUGGAAAAUCUGUCUCCUGAGUUGGAGAAUGAGACAACCAAUCACUGCCCAUAAGAUGCUGUCACUUCAGCUCUAAACUUCUCAAGCUCUGGUGUUUGAAGCCUUUGUCUGAGUCUGGGUCCAUGUUUCAGAAGGGGCAAGGUGGCAUCCAGUGACUGCACCUCUCUGAACCCGAGGUAGAGAGGAACAGGAUGACCCAGCAGGCUUUGUGACUUUCCCAGAUGAUGCAGUCCAUAUAGAAUUUGGCCUGCAUGAUCUCCUGUGUUACACUGAAUGGCGGCCAAGUCCAUUCUUUAGAUGCUAAAUGAGCAUCCUCCUGUGAAGGAGAAUGCUUGAGUUGAAAGUGUUGGUGAGGAGAUGGGAGAGAUGGCUUAGUUUGUAAAGUGUUUGCUCUACAAGAUUGAAGACAUGGGUUUGGACCUCAUGCCCCCUCCCCAAUCCUGGUAAUGGGGAGGUGGAGAUGGAAGGAUGUCUGGGGCUUGCUGGCCAGCUGAAUGAGUGAGGUCCAGGUUCAUUGAGAGACUGUUAAAAAAAUAUGGUGAAUGGGGCUAGAGAGAAGGUUCAGUGGUUAGAAGCACCGUGGCUGCUUUUCCAGCGGACCUAGGUUUGAUUCUUGGCACCACUGGUGUUUCACAACUGUCUCUAAUUCCAGGUUCAGGGAAUCUGAUGUUCUUUUCUGGCCUCCAUGAGCACCAGGUACACAGACAUACAUGCAAGCAAAACACCAUACACAUACAAUUUGAAAAGUGACACAGAGAAUGACUAAGGAAGAAAUCUUAUGCCAACUUCUGAUACACACAUACACACACACACACACACACACAUAUACACACAUGCCAUGGUGAUUUUUUUUUCAAUAUUCAAUGGAUGGGUUAUGAGUUAUGGUGCUGAGUACUAUGAAAUUGGUCAGCUUGAAGGAGGUAUUUCUCUGCCUAGUGCUUGAACUAAAAUUCUAGGUAUGAAAGGGGAGGGAGAGAGAUACAGUGAGGAUAUUGCUAUUUUCUUGUCCCUGGGGGCCAUCCCUAUGUCCUCCAAAGGGAACCAUUUAGCAGGAGAAUUUACUUUGAAGGAAGGUUCUAAUGUGAAUGCCUUGUUUGUUCAUUUCCACCCCUUGUUAUUCUGAAUGCACCUUGAAAAAAAAAGUGGAAUUGAAAGCUGCUCAAAAAUCAAAAUAUUUUCAGUAUGUGAUUAAAAAAUUUUUGAAACUGCCUGAGCAAAAAAAGUUUCACUUAUGCAUUAACUGUGACAAGGUGAUGGGGAAAAACAUUCUUGCCAAGGCAGACUCUCUCCUGAAGGGGGUGGGACAGGCGGGAAGGAGGCAAACCAUGUUUGUUGUCUAGACUUCCUGGGAGGAAGUGAGCCAGGCUGAAGCCAAGCUCCUUCUGGUCCAGCUACAGCACAUCUCUCCAGCAUGGAUCUUGGCACAAAGAAAGACAGCAGCAAACCCUUGUCAGUGGGGAGAACUUUGUUUUUCUAGGUUAGGGGUUUGCGCAGAUCUAUACACAUACCCUUGCCAUGGUCCAGAGCAGUGUCACAUCUUGCCAGUGGCUACAGUGGUGAAUGCAUCUGGCCCACCCUGAAGGUUAGUGUGUGCCUGUAAAUCUUUGAGUCCAUGACAUGACUUGCUGACAAAGCUAAAAGAAAUCAGAUAUCAUAAGCUCAAGGAAGCUGGAAUUCUCUUCUGGCCCGUGGACAGGAGGGCUUGCCACUCUGCAGCUCCUUAUAAACCAGCAGGAAUGGUAUUCAUUAAGGCCAUACACUCGGAGCAACUACUCUGUUCUCUUCUGCUCCCCAGCAGGGUGCUGGGGGACUGUUGGGAGUCUCAGGAACAAGCCAUCCUUUUGAGAGUUAAGGCAGUUGAGCAAUACAAAGCUUUCUGAUUGGUAUGUUUCUGGGUUGCUUCUUCAUAUUCCUUUACCAGAACCCCGGAACUCUGCUGUUGGAGUCUCACUUUUUUUUUAAUGCAAAUUCUCUGUACACAUUAAACACAUCCCAUAAAGCUCUUAGAAAGGAGGUUCUGGGGUCAGGCAACUCUUGAGAGUUCUCAGGUGUGCUUGGAGCUCAAAGCCAGAAUUAAAAAACCUUGGGCACUGGAUAAAGGGUGAUAAUGAUGCUAACAUGACAACAAAUUCAGUGAGGAAAGAAAACAAAGGGGGGGGGGAGGGACACGAGUGGGAGGCCAACUGGGCUGUAGGUGAAUGCCAGGGUGAAAGGUCAGCUCUUUGUUCCAGCACAGAAACCGUUUUCCCAGUGGGACAUGACCACACUGGAACCACUGUUACUUGUAAGUAUGCCAGCUUACUGUAUUUAGUGUCUAUCCACUUCAAAAGCAAGUCUACACUUCUUUAAGAAAAGCUACAUCCUACGGUACACUGUUACAGUCAAAGUUUUCUUCAUGUUGAUCCCUCCUGGCUUGCCCAAUCUAUCCCUGUUGCUGUAGGGACAUUGACAUGGACAGUUGAAUCCUACUUGAACCAUUCUAGUCAGAAUUUAGAGUGAAGUUUUGAGAGACCAAAGGGCAGAAAGAAAGAGCCUCUCUAGUCACAGUGAGAUAACCACCAAAAGGCUUAGGACAUUAAGGAUAGGUUUCCUGGGUACAUGUCGGGAAGGCUUAGGCUACAUCCUUUGUGGAGGUUUUUAUUAAACCCAGAAAUGAGUCUUUAACAACGCUUCUGUGACUGGUAUAAAGACUCAUCCUCUUUCUAGAACAAACAAUAGGAAAAUUUCUAGUGGCAAGAAUGCAAAUGAACCCUAGGCCCCACCCCUGGGCCGUUGCUGUCUGCCAUUACAGGAAGUGUGUGUCAAUCAAGGCUUGACAGGGGAGAUAGAGCAUUUUAUUUUGGAAGCCAGAAGUUUAAGAACAAUGACUGGAAUUUCCUCUUUCUGUCCAGUAAGGGCUGUAUGUCACUGGGGAGAUAAAAGUCCAGGGGUAAGGAAUAAAGGUUAUCGGGAACUGCGCAACACAGAGUCACGCGGGGGGCAUGCAGGAGGGGAGGGCUUCUGGAGGAAAUCUAUUUCAAUGUCUGUCAUUAAGUUUCCAUUAAAAGAACAUUCGGUUAGGAAUUCAAAAAUACUUUAAUCUCUCCAGCCAGAUGCACACAGCUGGACUCUUGGAGAGGAGCCUCACAGAAGGGGAUUUGUACAUCGACUGGGCUGGGAACCAGCAUGUACCUCCAACCAGCCCACCUCUGCAUCCUUUGGAUGUUCUAGACACAAGUACCCUCCAUGCAGGGAGAAACCCAGGGUAGGGAUGCCUACUGAGUGUUUACUUGCCUCAGGUUCUGCUUCAAGCAUGAAAUACACCUCCCCUUUUAAUUUUCAUAACCGCUUUGUGAGGUCAGUGCUAUUUUUGUGCUUAGUUUUCAGGUGAGGCAGCUGAAAUAAGGAUCUUGCCCAGCAAGCCAAUAGCCAAUAGCCAAUAGCACGUUGGGAACCAGACCCAGCUGGUCUAGCCAGACAGCCUAUGAAUCUAAUUCCUUUUCUCUGAAUCCUGAGAUAGACCUUCUGCCCUCUGGUAAAAUACACAGGACUCUCAGGCAUUGGCCUGUAACCCACAGAGCAUGAGCACCCUUCGUCUGGUUGUACACUUUGGGAGAAGUGAGUCAUGGCUAGCAUUCAGGAAAGCAUCCCUGACCAGGCUUAGCAAGUCCUCCUAAGAUUAUAGUUUUGUCUUGUGGUGUGCUGUAGGUAAAAUGCAUAGCAGAACACCAGGACUGCUGUAGGUGUCUUGAAGCUCUGUCUGGCUUGUUAGUGCAAAUUGUACAAUCUGUACAUAUUUCAUGGUUAGGUGCGCUGAACAUAUAUACACACACAUACCGAUUGCAUGUGCUAGGCCUUCUGCUUAUGCUUAUAGGCACUUAUAAUUAAAAACUAUGUAAUAUUUUAUUUUAGUCUCUAAGGCAGAGACAGAAGCAAGUGAAUCUCUGUGAGUUCGAGGCCAACCUGGCCGACUGAGUGAGUUCCAGGACAGCCAGAGCUACACAGAAAAAUCCUGUCUCAAAAAACAAAACAAAACAAAACAAAACAACAACAACAAAAAACCAAACCAAACAAAAGGACUUUGAAGAUAGGGUUGUGGAAGGGUUGAAGGAAAUAAAAGACACAAAAUUUCCUCUCUAGAAAGAUUGUGACUAAAGUGCCGACACAGGGCAGGACCGAGAGAGCUGAAUGCAAAGGGUGUGUAGGUAAGCCCACCGAUCAUGGAACAGACCUCACAUUCUUGUGCUACACAGGUGUGGAAAUCAGGACAUUGGGCUCUGGAUUUUAUUUCAAACCAACAGAUGCUUGCUUGGGGCUCACUGUGAGCUAGGAACUGAGAGUUCCAUGAUGAGGUAGCUGGGGUCUUUCUCACUUAGAGCAAGGGCUUAGGCAGCUGGGAGGGGCACCUAUGAACUGUAGAAUCGAUGUUUGUGGAUAAAACAUUUUUGUCCUAUUCAAUAUGCAAUAGUAAAAAAUGAUGUAGGUCACAUGUUAACAGUGGUAUGACUGAAGACUUUCUAUAUUGUCUGCCCUCCAUCCUGUGAAGGAUGCACAGACAGUACAUUGCCUUAAGGUCAACUUGCUAUUUCCUCAAUGUGAUUUUUCAACAGCUUGACCUGUCAAUUUCUUACUUUUCUUGCUGAAGUCAAUAACUGGUGCUUGCAUUUGUCUGUUCUUUUUCUCUUCCUGUACUGAGGAUCAAAUACCAAUCUAAAUCCCCAGCUCUGACUGUUUUCUUUGAAUAAUUAUGUAAAGAAUUCAUGAGAUUUUAUGUCACAGAACAGGGCUUAGAAACAUAUUUGUAUCCACAUGCCCUAUGCUUUGUUUCCUCCUUGUUCUGUAAAGCUGACCAUUAUCAAUAGUUGUAAUCUGCUGCCCUUCAUUUUCUGUAAGCCUUAUUUGUAAUUGACAAAUAAUAAUUGUAUACAUUUAUGGGGAACUAUGUGACAUUCUGAUCCCUAUAAAUACCGUGGAAUGA